UGCCCAUUCCAGCUGUAGCUCACUGUGGAUCUUACUGUGUGUGGUUGAGCAGCUGCAAGAAGAAUCGUGAUCGUGUAUAACUGAAAGGACUCUAGAAAACGGGCAGUGAUAGUGUGUGUAUUAAUCUUGUGUGGGAGCACGUAGUGACAAAUCGAAGAACAUUAGUUUAGAUCUCGCGCUCUAGAAGCAACAUCAUCCAGGAAAAAAUGCGUGCGAUAGUGCUAAUUUCGGUCCUGUGCGCAGGACUUACAGUCGCAUUCCCACAGCAAGCCAUAGAUCCUGCCUACCUGCGUCAGUAUUACCAGCAGAUUGCGGCGCAGGCCGGUGCCCAGGGUGGAGCAGCCCAGGCCCGUGCCGAUGCGACACCGAUCUACGAACAGGGAGCCCAGGAACAGCAACACGUUCCACAGUACGUUCAGCAACAGCAGGCCCAACAGCUCCGUCUGCGGGACAACGUUCAGGAUCAGAUUCAGAGGCAAUACCAGCAACCGCAACAGAUUAGGCAAUACCAGCCUCAAUAUCAGCCUCAGCAAAUCCAAUACGUCCAGGAGCAGCAGUUCGCUCAACCCAAGCAGCAGGUGAAGGUAUCGAAGCCCCGUCCAGCCCAGCAGUACCAAGGACUAGGCCAAGCCACAGGAGGCCAGAAGCACCUCGAAGACGAAGAAGACUAUGACCCCAACCCAUCCUACCAGUUCGGUUUCGACGUCAAGGACGACGAGUUCACCAACUACCAAAACCGCAAGGAACAGCGCGACGGCAACGUGAUCAAGGGCAGCUACUCGGUCGUCGACUCUGACGGAUUCAUCCGUACCGUUACCUACACCGCCGACCCGAAGGAGGGCUUUAAGGCCGAAGUCAGCCGUCAGCCUACCGACAUCGUCGUCAAGACCCCCAAGCCGAUCCCGGAAUAUCAACAGCAGCCCCACCAAAUCCACCAACAGCAGCAGCAACCUCAGCAGCAGCACCGUCUCCAGCAGCAGCCACAAAAGGCCCGACCAGACUACACCCAGUACCAGUAGGGCGGUAGGCUAGCGAGGUCAAAGGCUGAUGAUAUACAACAAGACUUAUCCUAUUUCCUUCCCCUCGAAAAAAAAAAAACUAUCCCCCACUUAGUAUCUCAUCAUCUUAGAAAAAGUGAAAACUAUAAUUUAUAAUAAUAUUAUAAUAGUUUUAAUUAUAAUAAUACGACGAAAACAAAAAAGUCACCGUUAUACUGAAACACAACCAUCGCUGCCGCAGCGUGCGUUCAAAUUGCAACGCUAUUGAUAGAAGAGACGAGACAUGAUUCACCCACAAACAUCAAGCUGAAAUUAACCCAUUCUAGCAUAUUUUUAAUACACCCUCACGUCGUUGUCAUUGAGCGGCGAAAGUUGAAAUUAAAACGUGUGUCGUUUAUUUUCACUUCAGCCAGCUUGGCACAAUUUACGAGAUAGGUCAUCUCAUCUUACACCAGGAAAAAAAAAUGAAUUCAAAAAAAUCAACACACGGUUUCAUGAUCAGCAUCGAAAGAGGCAAAGUGGGAAGAAUUGUGUUGAACUUUUAAUCGCUCUCUUUAGAACCACCAUCACGCUGUUGUAGUGUAACAUGAUUGAAAUAAAAAAGAUGAAACGAAAUGAAAA